GGUGUGCAGGAGUUUGCCUUUGUUUGUAUUCAAUUGAUAUGGAUGUUUACGGGUAUUUACGCACUUAUUUUUUGCCGUUUUGUUGCUAAAAGCUUGGAAGUAGGUAUUUUAAACCUAACCAAACUUACACCCGCGUACCACCUAGCUCAAGCUCUGGUAUUGGUAUAGAAGGUCAUCUGUCAACAUCUGUAUUUGAUAAAUCACUAUGGCUGACAAUCAGAGUGACAUUUUCAAGACACCAUCAAAGCCUGCAAGAAGAAGAGCCUCAAAGCAAUGGAAUGAAAUCCUGAUUCCAGAAUCACCAAUGAUGAAGGUUAUAGGUUAUGGUACAGGGAUCAACGUGUCGCUGCUGGAGCGCGGUACGCCGCGGCGCAUCACGCAGCGCUCGCCGUGGGCCGUGAAGCGGCUCAGUCGGCGCGUGCACGUGGCGCCCGAGCAGGCGGCGCGGCUGGCGCGCGAGGCCGAGCUGCUGCGCCGCCUGCGCCACCCGUGUGUGGUCGGCUACCGCGGCGUGGCGGCCGGCUCGGCGCCCGGCUCCGUGGCGCUGCUGAUGGAGGCGGCCUCGGCCUCGCUGAUGGACCUGAUCGAGACGCGCGCCGAGUCCGAGCCGGACCCGGCGCCCUUCCCGCUGAGCGCCAUCGCCACGGUUGGCCUGGACAUCGCAUCUGCUCUGCACUACCUGCACACCGACCAGCACCUGCUGCACGGCGACCUCAAGUCGGCCAACGUGCUGGUGUUCGGCGCGUUCCAGCGGGCCAAGCUGUGCGACUUUGGCGUGUCGCUGCCGCUGAACGAUCAGCUUGCGGUCACCGGGGACCAGACGUAUGUGGGCACGGAGCCGUGGUCGGCACCGGAGGUGGUGUUUGACGGAGACGUCACACACAAGACGGAUAUCUACUCGUACGCGCUGACACUGUGGGAGAUGUUCGCGCUGGAGAUGCCGCACGCUUCCGACCUGCCCGACCUGGACAACAGCGAGCUCAGCUCUGACAGCGAGAUGGACGACUCUGCCGGCUCGGACGGCUACUUCGAGUCUCAGAUGGGCGUGCCGCCGCCGGUGCCGCAGCUGGACGCCGCACUGAUGGCCGAGUACCGGCCGUUCGUGGAGAUAUAUACCGUGUGCUCGGCAGUGCGCGCGGAGGACCGGCCGGCCGCCGAGCAGUGCUGCCAUCUGUUCCGGCCGCUCUGCCCGCGCCCGGAGACGGACGGAAAGGCCGCCUGAGGAACGAGCGAGCGAGGGAGGGUUUAGUGGGAUAGGAGAGAUGGGAGGGGAGAAACGGACCAAAGGAGGAUUGAGGUAAAGAUCUUUGUGGGGUGGGAUUGAGGGCCGCCAUUGGGAAUAAUUAUUGAAUCAUGGGAGUAGGUCUUAGAAGCUUGGAGGAAGGGUUCAAGUUCGCUGGGAAGGGGGCAAAGACAAUCUUGGAGCAGAGGGUGUGGAUUCGUUAGGACCAGAUAUGAUUGGGCCCGCCGGGGGGGGGGGGGAGAGUAUCAAGUCCUAACGAUUGGAGGGAUGCGACUUACGAUAAGGGCUGGGUCUAUAAGGCGGUAGUUGGGUUAGCAGCAGGGUCCGAUGGAGUAAGUAGUUAGUUAUCGGAGCUGGUACGCGGGACGGGAGGCAGCCGCGCCGCUCGGUCUCUGGUCGGUCUGCAGCGGUGUGUAGCCUCCGCUCACUGGUGAUCCUAGCAGAGCGCCAAGCGGAUGGGGUAGUCACCGUGACUGAGUACGCCAUCCUGCGCUAUCCGCUGAGAGCACGUCCGGACUGCCCAGAGGCGCCAGUCCGGUACGGAAAUGAUGGAAUAUCAGGAUACACAAAGGAUGCUGGCGUGUCACCUGAUCAUCUGUGGGGCAUUCUGAGCGUUGGGACAUGAGAUGCUCUAGAAGUUAUUCCAUCAGCAUUGUAUAUAGCCAUUCGUUUCGCUUACUUUCGCCGUGUCUUCUUCGCUAUCGACAGCUCACAAAUGUGUGACAUGAUUUAACGAAGGGUCGCACCGCUAGCUUUGCUCUGGUGUUGGUUUCAUCGCUGAGUAAAUAAUUCCGUGUAUUAUGUGUAAUGUUGAUAACUUGCGUCUUCCAAAGAGUGACAAGUGAACUGCUCACACCAUCUAACAAUCACGGCAAAUGCAAACGCUACUUCGUGACAGUUCCGAUUGUACACUGAGGCUCAUUACAGUCUACAGAUUCUGUUUCCAUUUCCCGAUUCGUCAUUAUGACCCCUUCGAAUGUGAAUCGCCGUGGGUUGUUGGACUUAUAUGGCCUUGGGUUGUUGGGUGACCCAAAACGCGCGCUGGUGGAAGUCGUCCAGGAUAUUAGCCAUUUAUAUGGCCUGCUGUCGACUCGUCUCGUCAUUAAAUACAGAGCAUACUACUUUUAAGGUUGUUCGGAUUUUCUAGGGCAUUGUAUUACGUGAAAAUGUGUUUGUCUGACGCCAGGACGUCUGGUAAUUGCUAGGCGAUACGCUACAGAUGCUAACUGACUGAAUGCUUCCUCACACCUUUUACUUGGUCGCAGCCUUGACCCACGGUGAGAACUUGAACCCGUGCACACUGCACACUGCCCUCGGGGGUGCACUUCUUCCCAUUCGUCCCAUACUGUUAGCGCCGCACGGCCCCCAGCGGCGGUGUCGUUGCGACGCCGCUCAGCGGCGGUGCCCUCCGCCUAUGGUAACUACGCUAUGUUGCUAUGGUUACCGGAUUGUUUGUUUUGUUUACUUUCUUUCGGCUCGAUUUUGACAAGGUCUGGCUAGAAUAUGAAUAAUUACGAAAGAUAAAGACGAAAGAUGUGAUUGAUGACUGGCAAAAAUGUUGUUUGAGUGAAAAGGAAGAAUUUUGGCUAUUGAUUUAAGCAUGAACACUGUUCGUUACGCCGGAGAGUGACAAUUUGUCGGUAAGCACUAAAUCGUACCAAAUGUCGGAUGCUAUUGUGAAGCGCUUUGCUUAUUAUUCUGAAAUUAUCGUGAUACGACUGACUAAUGUUAUGAUACGGAUGUAUUUGUCUGGAACUUACCUUGUUUUGUUUGUGUGUAUGCGUGUUUUAGUUACGGCUCGGCUCAGGCUCAAGGCUCCUGGCUCCUGUUGUACGAGGCUCUGUCUGGCCCUGGCGGUACGCGGCUGACUCAGGCUCAGGCCGUUAGCGCUGGAAGAAGGAGGAGGAAUGGAGGAGAAAAUAUAGAGGACUGAGAGCCCGUGAA